AUGUCCCAUCUAGCCACGGCAUCAAGAGCCCUCCUCGGCAGGAAUAUUGCUCGCCAAUGCCAACGCUGUUUUUCCAGCAGCGCGCUGCAGCCGAUGCAGCUGCGGUCGACGACACUCCUCCGGUCACCGAUUCGGACGAGACCACCGAUUGCGCAGAGGCGGACGUACAAGACGGUCGAAGAGGCAAAGAGCCGGCAUCGAACAGGUCCCUUCUCGUGGAAAGCAAUCCUCAUCUUCGUCGGCACCUGUUCGGCACUGGUGUGGUACUUUGAGUAUGAAAAGGCUCGCAUGCAGAGGAAGAGAAUAGCAGAGGCGUCCAAGGGCGUCGGCAGGCCCAAGGUCGGAGGCGAGUUUGCGCUCGUGGACCAGAACGGGAAUCCAUUUACCAGCGAGAUGAUGAAGGGCAAAUACUCUCUCGUUUACUUUGGCUUCACACGAUGCCCGGACAUUUGCCCGGAAGAACUGGACAAGAUGGCUCGGGUGCUCGAUCUGGUUGAAGAAAAGGCCCCUGGCCCUCUGCUUCCAAUCUUUGUGACGUGCGACCCUGCGCGUGACGACCCUCCAUCUCUCAAGAGCUAUCUCUCCGAGUUCCACCAUUCCUUUGUGGGGCUCACGGGCACCUAUGACCAGAUCAAGGACCUGUGCAAGAAAUACAGAGUCUACUUUAGCACGCCCAAGGAUGUGCAGCCGGGACAGGACUACCUGGUGGACCACAGCAUCUACUUCUACCUCAUGGACCCCGACGGUGACUUUGUCGAGGCCCUGGGCCGGCAGCACUCGCCUGACCAGGCGGCGCAACUGAUCCUGGGACACAUGAAGGAUUGGAAGGGGCGGAGAGAAUGA